UUACAGAUAUCAGGACUGAAGGAAGGAAACAUGCAGCGCGUUUAUCAGGGUCGUCGGUUGUUGAGCAGCUUAACAAGUGUCAGGAUGGCUUCUACAGAUAAGGAGAUUUCCCACAACAACCUUAAAGCCCUUAUAGAGAAGAGUAAGGAGCUUCUGCUUGUUGAUGUGCGCUCCAAAGAUGAAGUGGACCGAGGCCGGAUUUUAGGCUCAAUCCAUAUUCCAGUGGACGCUGUAGAAAGGGAAUUUUCCUUGGAUGCAAAUGACUUUCAAGAGAAAUACGGUAAACCCAAGCCCCAGCUGGAUGCUGCUGACCUGGUGUUUCACUGCCAGUUGGGACGGCGUGGGGCAGCUGCUACAGAGAAAGCCCGAAGCCUUGGCUUCAAAAAUGCACGUAACUAUACAGGUGGCUACAAGGAAUGGUCGGAGAAGGAAAGCAAAUAACACUUCUGCUCCAGCACACAUGUAUUUUUACUACUGACACUACAAAUAUUCCUUUUAGCUUAUUUAAACAAAAUAAAUGUGUUGGUCCUUAAACUUGACUACUUUGACAUGUUAAAAUAAAUAUUUAAUUUAUUUCAAA